CCAUCAUCGAUCAUAUCAUUUUCUUUUUUUUGACCUUUUUGAGAUCAUUUUAUUUUUCUCUGAUGGGAUCGUGAAACUCGAAGAUCGGAUCAAGGGCUCUCUCGCACAGUACGAACCCUAGACUGUAGAGCUCUCUCUAUCUCCAUUUUGCGCUACUUGGUUUGAGUAGUCUCUCCCCGCAACCGUCGACGUUUUCGAUUUUCAGAGUCAAGGGCCUGAGACGUUGAUCGGAACGGAGUUCAGAGAAAUCCAAAAGGUAAACCCCAGAGGAGAGAGAGAGAGAUUGGAAAUGUCGUCACCGAACACACCGUGCGCGGCGUGCAAGUUGCAGAGGCGGAAAUGCACGCAGGAGUGCGUGUUCGCGCCGUAUUUCCCACCGGACCUGCCGCAGAAGUUCGCGAACCUGCACAAGGUCUUCGGCGCCAGCAACGUAGCCAAGCUGCUCAACGAGCUGAACGCGUCGCAGCGCGAAGUCGCCGUGAACACGCUGGCCUAUGAGGCGGAGGCGCGCCUGCAGAACCCCAUCUACGGCUGCGUGGGCCUCAUCUCGCUUCUCCAACACAACCUCAGGCAGCUUCAGACCGAAAUCAUCAAUGCCAAAAAGGAGCUCGCCACCUACAUUGGCCCACAGGCCUGUCAGGCCAUGUUACCCAUUAAUAUUCAACCCCAGGGGUUCAUCCCCCAACAACAGAUGCACGCGGGGAAUCCUUCGUCCUCAGCCGCCGUGUUACCGUACAACAUGUCGCCGAUGCUGGGGAUUCCCACCGGGGGUCCCACACAUGGUGGCCAAUUGGUGAUUCGCGAGCCACAGUCGACUCAGCACCAACACCACCAGCAACAAAUAUUUGAGGCUCAGCAAUUGGCUGCGAGAGAGCAGCAGGAAAUUUUGCGAACAUAUGAGCAGCAGCAGCCGGAGCUUGUGAGGUUCAACAGUGGGUUUGAUCCGGCUGUCACUGCGAGUGGAUUCAAUCAGAUGAAUGAUGGUGGUGGUGGUGUUAUGUCGCCUUCGCUGGGUCUGGGCAAUUUUGAAAACUCUUACCAGAUGCAACCACAGCAAGGGGAACAUCACGGCCAUCCUCUCCACCAUGCUCUUCAGGCGCAGCUCUUGCUACAACCAGUACAACAACAGGCCCAGUCGGAAAGCGAGGAGGGUAGGGGUGUUGGUCCCUCAUGUUGAUCUGUUUUUUGGGUUCUGAAGCUCUUUUAACCUUCCCGCUUUUUCAUCAAUCCAAUUGUCAUUCUAGUUCGUAUCUGUUGGCUGUCUUGAUACAAAUGAAGAGAGAGAGAGAGAGAGACACACACACAGAGGGGUUCAAUAAUCAAUGUUCUAAGAUCUGAAGUCUGCAUUUUCAAUAAGGCUUUCCUGGGAGGAUGCAGAUGAUCCCAUGCAACUCCCUGGGAGAUACAUUUUAAAAUGUAGAAUCUGCAUUGGCGUUUGAG